UUUGAAGAGACUGGAAGACUAAUGAUUUCCCUUGGAUGUUUCAUCACUGUCCUAUUGAUGUCUUGAAAGCCCACACAGCGAUGGGGUCCGUAUUUCACUGGGUGACAGCUGUUCACAUACUGACUUUUCUACAGAUGCCACAUUUGAUUACAGGUCAGUUUAAAAUCAUCCCUCCUCAGAAUCCUGUCAUUGCUAUCAUUGGAGAAGUGGUUGUCCUGCCUUGCAAUCUGACAACUCAGAUUAACCCUGAGACAAUUACUGUCCAGUGGAUACUUUCUAGACCCUCAGAAAAAAUAGAUGUGAGCACCUAUGAUGGACCAAAUAACGAGGAGAGACAGGAUGAGAGAUACCGGGACAGAACACUGUUCUUCCCAACUGAAUUUCAAGCAGGAAACGUGUCUCUAAACCUGAAGAAUGUCAUUGUUUCUGACAAAGGGAAAUACACCUGCAGUGUCUCUUUGGGGACCUGGUAUGAUGAGGUGGUGGUUGAACUGGAUGUGACAGGUGAGUGGAAUGGCUCUCUCUCUCUUCACUCUAAG